UCGGCCAAAAUCGCAUAGGCGGUUACAGCGCCAAAAAAGAAGAAGAAGAAGAUAAAUAAAGAAAAAAAUUACCAACUUCGGUAAAAGCCAAUGCGGCAGCACUGCAUGUGUUACAUAUGUACAUACAUACGUACGAGGACAAACAGCUGAUUCCGUACGGAAGGUGCGAUCAGUAUCGCUCUUUCCUUAAGCAAAUGACGUUUGGCGAAACUUGAUGUUAAGCAAAUUAUAGUUUCAGGAUAGGAUUUUGUGUAUUCGCACGUUUGCAUACGCUUGCUUAUUCAUAUCAUAGUUAGCCCUUUACGAUGAUGUAUUUAAACAGCUGAGCACAUUAGACUCCAAUAAAGGCUUACAAAGCAAAUAGCGAUGAUGAUAGCGCGUUGUCGCUUUAAACCGAAAUAAAAACGACAAGUUGGCAUCACCGUUGGCGUUAUCGAAGUUUAUCGGAAAAAUAUCGGUAUUCUCAAUUUUGAAACGAAAAUAGGAACGUCAUAGAAACAUUCGUCAACUGUCGUCCGCAUUUUUUAGAACGAAAGCGAAAGGAUUGCGAUUUUAAUAAAGUUAAAAUGAAAAUUACUACCGUGCAGCAAUUUGAGGCUUUAGUUUCCGAAAUGGAAAAGAAUCCCGCAUACGCCAAAGGUUUUAGGAAGGGCAUAAAUCCUCUAAACUUCGAUAGUUUUUGGAACGUGGUUGCGGAAAAAGUAAAUCCUUUUGGACCUCUAGUUCGUGAUGGAGACGGUUGGCACAAAGUAUGGAGGGACUUGAAAUUCAAGGUUAAGAAAAAACUGCUCAAAAACAAAACCGAAGCGAGAGCAACAGGAGGAGGAGCCAAUAGAAAAAUUCAACUGUCACCACUGGAAGAAGCGGUUGCAAAUUCGUUGCAGUUUGAGCAGCAAAUAAAUCCAAAAGGGAGUGAGUUGGGUUUGGUUGAAGAUACCGAAAUUGAUGCGUUGCUUAACCUUGAUGAAACGACUGCGAGUUCUCAAAUACAGGCAAGUAUAGAAAACGCUGAAGAAUAUGUGGUCGAAGACUAUGUGGAAGAUGAAACACCCACAGUUUCAACAAGAGUGCGAUCCUCAAGAAGCACAAAACCCUCAGAAAAAGAAAGAAUAGAGCUGUUGAGGAAGCAGACCGAAAUACAGGAAAAGCAGUGCGACCAUUUAUAGUCCAUUAAGUGAUACAUGAAAGAUGUUUCCAGAUACCAAAGAAAAAGGUAUGAGAUAGAAGAAGAACGCCUAAAAAUUUACAAAAGGAAGGCACGUAAAGAAGAGCUUUUGGAGCUGGAUGCUGCAGUAAAAAGAAAAAAGUUGCAGUUAUUAGAGAAACAAUUAAGUUCAAAUAUGUAAUUUAUUUCAUUUGAAAUUUUAUUUAUUUUUUAUUAAGUGUUUUUUCUUUUUUUACUUUAAGUAUGUAUGUAUAUAGCAUGAAUUAAAAAUAAAACUUAUAAAGACAAAUUGCUUUUAAUCACAUCUCUUAAUCUGGGAGCCUCUAAGCUACCACCUGCCUCAUUUUCAUUAGUAAUGGCAGAAUUUUCUGCUUCUUCGAAAGGCGUUUGUAGAUCAUCUCCAGGAAAGUAUGUAUUGUAGUGAAGACAAAUAUUGUGAAGAGCAGCACAAGCGUUUACGAUUUUAGUAAUUUUUUGGGGAUCAUAGUGUAACUCACGCGCUCCAAGGAGGCAUCGAAAUCGCGAUUUGAGCACUCCAAUCACUCGCUCAACAAUAUUUCUUGCUUUGGAAUGAACGGAAUCGUAGCGGCUUUCCGCACUGUGUUCAGCCGCUGAUCUAUAAGGUGUCAUUAGAAAUGGUUCUAAUGGGUAACCCACAUCGCCUAAAAACUUGUAUGUAAAACUCAUUUCAAUAUUAUUUGUAAUUUCAUACCAAGAUUCCACGAAUUACGUUCACCAGCUUAAUAUUUUUCUUGUAAAAACCUUACUCGGCUGGUAUUGCAAAUUAAGGAAUCGUGUCCAGAGCCUGGAUGUCUGGCGUCUACGUAUCUGAUACGCAUUUUAUGAUCACAGAUCUAAUACAAAAAAUAAUAAAUAGUUAGUAAUCACUUCCAUAAAUUACAUUCAUUCAAGUAUUUACAAUCAUUGCAUUUACGCUAAAGAAACCUUUUCUGUUGUAAUACAAAUGUUGAGAGCUUUUGCAAGGACCAAUUAUUUUAAUAUGCGUCCCGUCUACACAGCCAAUGAUUCCAGGAAAAUCAGUUCGUUCAAAAAAACUUCGCUUGCACUCCAUCGUCAUCUUCCGACAUUUGGAACUUAACCCAAUUUUUGCAGAUUGUACUUUCCAUCGCGUCUAACACCUCGGAUAAAAUUUUGCAUACCGUGGGUUGGGCCAACGACAAAUUAAAGUCAUUUCCAACGCUAAGCUGAUAUGACCCUUGCGCAAAAAACCGCAAAGCAGUUGCCAGUUUUAUUGUUGGCGUAAUGGCAGACUUUCGCGUGUUGCGUUUUAGUUUCGGUCGGAUUUGCUCUAGCACGUAUUGAAACGCAGCUUUGUUUAAUCUAAAUGUGUUCACAAAUCUAAAAAAUAUGCACAUAUGUACAUGUACGUAGAUAUAUAAAUAAUUUACUUAAAUACAUUUUCUUAGCAUAAAUGUACUUACACUUCCAGAUACAAGGAAGUGUAAGUACAUUUAUGCUAUGUCGUAACCUCCUGCGAUGUUUAUUUAUAUUGUUCACUUCAUUGUCCUCACUUGAACUUGAAAAAUAAAAUUCCGUACUCGCCAUUCUUUAAUUUUUCGUUAAUAUAACAAAAUUCAAAAUUCAGUGUCAAAACUAACAACGCAAAACACUGCAGCGCUGCCAUACUUUAUUAAUUUUAAUUUUUUGUUUCCGAUAACUUUUCUCCGUCGUUUCAAUAUACUUCAAGAAU